UCUCCUCCCUCUCUCGUGUUAAACAGAUUACAGGGGAUUCACUUAUUUAAAGACUUCGACAAAAGCCGUGUGUGCAUAUUUUUGGGUCGGCUUAAAGCAAUUAAACCCACUCAUUGUGAGCACCUAAGUGGAGGAAUCUAAUUACAACCUACUGCCAAGCCAAGUCUGGAGUCUGGACCUCACAUUGCCUUCCAAAAAAGAGUUCCUCAGAAGCUCCAGGACAACAGCAGCAGCAGCAGGAGCCCUGUCUGACCCAGCUGGAUCAUCGUACGCAGGCUGCACCCUGGUGCGUUUUUUCUUUGCAGGAGACAGGAGCCUCAGCGAGAGCUCCGCACGCCGGUUCCCAAGCUGUCUCUUCGGCUGCUUCCCGCGAUUAUUAUGGACAAUGAUGAGGACGAUGAUGGGAACUUCACCAAAUGGAUGAGCAGUUACUGGGGGCACGGGGUAGGGGAGGAGCACGCCAAAGAUAGGAAGAGGAGUUUCAGGAGGCCCUCGCGCAACAAAGCUGACCGCCGUGCCUCUUUGCCCUGCAUGUCUCAGCUAGAAGCCAUGCGGGCGAAUCACCUCCAUGUUAACACCAUGGCCCCUGUCCCUGUCCACCUAAAGGGCCGUGAGGAGAAGGAGGUGCACUCUCAUUCUCGUGCCCGCCGUGUGUCUUCAGACGAAAACAGUCGAACCAAAGUGGGGGGACCUGAAUGUCACAUCAGCACCAUUCCAGAGCUCACUGAGUGCUUAGAGAAGAGGCUGCGUUUCAAUAAUCAGAAGGGUGAUGCAGAUAGCAUAUGUCUUAUUUGCCAUGAAGAACUACGGAAUGGAAGGGGUGGCAUCCAAGAACUUCACUGUGGCCAUCAUUUUCAUAAAGAGGCAAAGUGGCCGGAGCAUGGCGCACGUCCACGUAGUGGGAGUUCUGCACCUGCUUGCGAGCGAGGAAAGGAGAUACCGUUCUGUCCUGGACAAGAGGAAUAUCGCUUACCACGUCGCCAGCUCUCUUUACGCAGACAACGUUGAUUGUUUUCAGUUUAACAUACACUCUUAAAAAAUAAAGGUUCUUUAUUGGCAUCAGCAGUUCCAUCUGUGAAACCUUAAAAGGUUCUUUAUAGUGGAAAACAUUCUUUAGAUUAUAAAAAUACUAUUUAAAGAUUGUAACCUUUAUUUUUAAGAGUGUACUAUAUGUAUAAUUAAACGAAACAGUAAUAACACAGUAUAUUAUCAAAAAACUUGUCAGUUUUUUUGUUUAACUCCACAGUACUUUUUCUUAAAAAUUAACCUGCUGAUCUGUUCUUUGCAGGCUAGUUUUGUCUUUUCCCUCCUUCUGAAAUCAAAAAAGCAAAGAACAACAGUAGAUACCAGCAUUUUUAUUAAAAUGUCAUGUUUUAGUUAUUUUUUUUUUUCUUUUCCUAUGGUAAGAGUUAUAUGAACCAUAAUAUGUAUUACUAAACUGUCAAUCAAAUUUUGUUUUUCAGAUUUAAUGUGCAUUGAUCGGAUAAACAAUUAUUAUUAUUUAUGACCCCGUUGUUCAUUUUAUACUAUUUUGGAUUGGAAAACCAGACUGUGAACAUAAGAUGUUUUGGCUCGUAUUUGGAAUUAUGGAGACUGAAACUGUAAAUAUGGUAAAAUCCUGAAUUUGCAGGUCAUAUGUCAGGAGUUGCAGUUUCAAAGAUAGUAGCUUGUUAAAUGCACAUGCUGGAAAUUAGCUGGUGGCUAAUCACGCCACCGUAAUGGAAAUCAAUGUUGGGUCACACUUCUGCCCCUCAAAGGUCAGACAGAUCUGUUUUUCAUUCAUCAUGCAUGCAGUUGUCAUGCAAGUGCCAUCAUUCCUCUGCUACAGCUGCUGUACAAAAAGUCUUUCCUGGUAAAACAGGAACAUUUUUAGCAUGUAUUUUAGUGGUACACUACCACUUUUUUGUAAAGAAUUUAAGCAUCAGAAGUUUUUAACAUCAUGUAAACUUAAAUUUAGACUGAUAGUGUGUUUUGCUACACUUGCACUUCUUUAAAAGCAUUACAUAUUGCAAUAUGUUUAGCAUGUGCAGAUGUAAAUUUCUUAUAUACAGCCACAUUCUGGUUUUAAAUGACCCUCCAUAAUUUGGCUUUUCUUUCUUUCAGUGCAUUGAGAAAUGGCUUUGGCAGAAACAGUCAUGUCCCACCUGUCGAGUUCAUGUGACCAUGCCUGAGCCCCUCUACUGGUCCUCUGCUCGUGUCCAGUUUCCCUGACAAUGUCCAUUUUUUGUCACUGCAUCAUCAUUUCCAUCUCCGCUUGUAGCCUGUGACCCUGGACGCUGAUUUAGCCUGUUUAUAUGUAAAUAAAAACAACAACAUCAUCUCUGAGUGGAGACUAGUGUAUGUGUAGCAGACCUGCACGACUGUGGUCUUUUGCUUUUGCUAUUCUUUCCUGACCCUCCUUUUCCAUCUUCCUUGCUUAUUUUACUCUCUGGUGUGAGAGGAUGUUGGCUGAAAACCGUGCAUGCUAAGUGUUUGACCAAAGAGCCUUUUUGUUUUCACUUUGUCCACCUCUCUACUCUCAUGUAUUGCACAAUGAACAUGUGAAUUACCCAUUAAUGUACACAUGCCAAAUUCAAAGGCAGAGAAUUUGACUCUGUCCAACGUGUUGUGAUGUUUCUGAUGAUCAGAAAUGUAAAUAAGUUUCAAAGAUGUGGAACAUGUUGUGUCUAUGUAACUACUUAAUAUGAGUGUCACGUUAUAAAGUGUAAA